AUGAUUCUCCUUAUAUUCUUAUUCUGGCCAAAAUUUAAGAGAGAGGAUAAAGGUUUCAAUGCCAAUAUCGACAAAUCUUAUCAUAAAAGAACACUUUAUAGUUCAACAAAUUUUGAAAAAAUUCGAAUAUCAUUAGAUUUUCAAUAUUUCGACGGAACAUCAUCAGACCCUCUUAAAUGUAAAAAUAUUGGUGAUAGUAUUACCUGGGAUGACAGAUUUGUUCAAUGUAUUAAAGAUGAUAUUCCGAAUUCUACAAAAAUUGAAGCAUUUAAAGGUACAAUGAAUAAUGUUAAAGAUUAUUUAGAACGUUUUCUUAAAGUCAUACAUUAUUCAGAUCCAAUUUCUUUAAAAUCAGAUCCAACAAGAGAGAAAUCAAUUGUAGAAGGCACAAAUAUUUCUAACACAGAUAUUUAUUUAGUAUUCUUUUUACGCCCAUUUGGAGAUGAUUCAUUCUCUUCAAUAUCACAUAUAACAAAAGAUGAUACUUAUAAUCGAAACAUUCAAACAAAUGUUUAUAUGAAACAAAGUAGUUUACCUGAUAUUGUUCAAAACGAGAAUUCUGAACCGAACGGAGAAUUUUAUAGGACUCUAUCAUUCAUUUUGAGGUAUAUAGCGAUUUCAGAGAAUUAUAUCAAUAAAUUCCAUCCGAAAUAUGAUCCGACACCUUAUACUUCAAUAAUUUGUAACCUGACAAAGUAUGGAAAGAGAUUUUCAAUCCUUACAACUCCUCAUGCACAUCAUUUUGCAAAAAAGAACUAUGGAAAUUCAACAUUUUAUGGAGAUGACAAUAAUUGUCCAAGUGGAAUUGUAAUAGAAGAUUACGGAACAGCUGCAGGCGAUUUGCCCAAAUCAACAAUAUAUUAUACAGAUACUAGUAAUUACAUGUCUAUGCAUAAUGAUUAUGGACGAUUUAGGCGAGUGAGUGAUGUAACAAUGGCGUUCCUUUUAGAUAGUGGAAAUUAUGAAGUCAAUUGGUCAAUGGGACAACCGAUGA